AUAUCCAAGCCCCAAAAUUGACGCAAUGCAGCAAACUUCACGUUCCUUGAUUUUCUUACUUUCCCUCGUCUUCCUCUCUCUCAUCUUCUCCGACGCCAGAAAGGCGAAUCUCACCGGAGGAUGGUCCCCGAUCCAAAACAUCUCGGAUCCGCACGUGACUGAGAUAGCGGAGUUCGCUGUCGGCGAGUAUAACAAUGAGUCAAAGGCUAGUUUAAAGUUGGAGAAGGUCGUCAAAGGAGAGACUCAGGUGGUUUCCGGGAUGAACUACCGCCUGGCUCUGAAGGCCAAGGAUGAAGCGACGGAGAAGACGUAUGAGGCCGUCGUGUGGGAGAAGGCAUGGCAGAAUUACAAGAAUCUUACAUCCUUUAAUCUCGUCAAGGGUUAGAUUUGACUGAUACUGUUCUAUGACCAACCCCGAUGUUUACUUAACUGAGUGGGGAAUAAAAAUUUAAGUAACCUAUAA